AUGGAUCCGGAAGUCGAUGCUGUUCCGACCGAAUCUCUUUUCCGCCCAGCAAAGAAGCGCAAGUUUGCGCGACGACGUCUUGAUCAUGAGGCCGAAGACACUGCAGAUACCAAUCCAGCCCUGAUCGCCAAUAACCAGAAUGACAAUGUUGGCCCUGCACAAACAACACCAGGAAGCAAUCAAAUCCGCCGUCCGCGUGCGAUUCGAAAAGGUGGAAUUGGGUUCUCUACUAAAUCGAGACUGGGAAACGAUCAUGGCCAGCAACUAGUGCUAGCACCACCAGCUGGAGAAUCGGAGGAAGAUAAGAUACGCGCUAUGAAUGAGCGUUUCACAGGUUAUACUGGUCAAUCAGAUGACGUUGACCGCCACAUGUACGAAUCUUUUCCCAAAACUGGUUGCCAGGCUUUUUCGGUAUGGACUAACAAGAUAAGGAUGGCAUACAUAGAUUCCGAAAUGGCUAAGCGCUUCCAUUCCAAUCAAAAAACGACGAAUCCAAGUUCAAAACAAGCAACCCAAGAGGAGGUCGCCGCGGGGCUUUCGUUCCACGGGCAGCAACAACGUGAACCUGCUUCUCUAGGAAAACUCCAUGAAAUCGAUCUCGGCCAGGAGGCAACUUUGCGAAACAUUGCGCGUACGGAAGCCGCGACUCGCAGGUUGGCUGGCGAUGACAAUUUGCCUCCAUCAGAGGAGAACACCUUCUCGGAGGGUGGUCGCUCUGCCCCAGCCGGCAAGUCAAGGCGCAAUCAUAACCAAAGAACGAACGCAGAUGUUGAGAGAGACCGUCUUGUAGAGGAGGUACUACGAGAGAGCAAACUGGAUGUCUAUGACGAGUAUGAAGAUGAAGCACACAUGGACGACGCACAGGCUGCUGAUGACCGGGUGGCUGAGCAAUUUCGACGAGACUUCAUGGAUGCGAUGCAAUCUCGUCGUCGGCUUCGGACCACAAAGCCAGUGGCCAAGGAUGAAGGGCCCAAAGGUCCCAAGCUGGGGGGCAGCCGCAGUGCGAGAGCUGCAAUGCGGGAAACACAAACAGGAAAGAAAUAA